UUUAGUAUUUAACUAUACAAUAACCACAUUAGCGCGAUCCCGUUAUUUCUGAGGAAAAAAACAAUGGACAGAAGUUUGAUAUUGGCCUGGUUUCUGGUCCUCUGCGCGGCAAUGGCACCAGCUUUUUGCCAAGGUUAUUACUCCAAUACCGUGCCUUAUGUUCCGACGCCAGCAAAAGUAACCCAUCUACACUUCUUUCUACAUGACACUCUGAGCGGAAAAAACCCUUCUGCAGUGAAGGUAGCCCGUCCAAACAUAACAACCGCCUUCAGUGGCACGCCGACACCCUUCGGCAGCGUGUUUGCCGUAGAUGAUCCACUCACUGUUGGCCCUGACCUAACAUCAGAGGUCGUUGGAAAUGCUCAAGGCAUCUGGGUGUCUACUGGCCAAGACGUUUUAACUCUGGUAGUGUACUUGGAUUUUGGUUUUACUCGGGGUGAAUUCAAUGGUAGCUCUUUCAGCGUAUUCUCAAGGAAUCCAAUUACAAAGACUGAGCGUGAGGUUGCGGUGGUCGGGGGAAGAGGAAAGUUCAGGAUGGCGACAGGGUUUGCACAUCUUAGAACUUACUUUUUAAAUUCCACCAGCAGUGAUGCUAUUGUUGAGUAUAACGUGACUUUGAUUCAUCACUAGGAUGACAUCCUGCCAGUUCUCUUCCAUGUCUUACUAGUGAUUGCUUUUGUUGGGUUUGCAUUACCCACUUGCGAGGGGUUGCCAGAUUUAGGGACAGACCUGAUUCAUCUAUCAUGUUUUCAAGUAUUUGGGGGGUUUAGCUA